AUGGCAUGGUCAACGACUCGAACGAUAAAUAAGGGCGUUGGUCGUCACUACCUCCGCUUCACCGUACUUGUCGUGCUCGCUUGGUUCCUCAUCUACCACGUCCAAUUCAAGCAUGACCCGGACUCCCAAUCGUCCAGUAGCCUCUUCGACCCAGCAGAUCGCCAGUGGCUCCUUUCAUCCCGCGUACAACCCAAGCCAGACUCGCCUCAGAUCAACAUCGCCGCAGCCGGCCCGCAGAUUGGCCAGGCCACUACCGAUAUCAGCAUUGAUGGCUCAAAAGUCGUAGAAUCUCUUUCCAGCGAUUCUCCUCUACCCAUCGCCGACCUUGCCACAGCCGGUCAGCUUCCUCCCGCCGCUCCCACCCCCUCCUCGCCCGAUUCUCCCGCAACAUCAGUGAAAUGGGUCAAGACACGCUAUACUGCCCCGGAUGAGCCCAUUUCCCACCUCGUCCUCUCCCGACCACACCCGACUCAACAGCCUUCGCUCUUGGUCCUUGUCAUGACCAAAGACGGUCACUCCUGGGGCCGUAACGAUGGCCCGUCCCGAAAUUUCUCCUCCUUCCUCACCCUGCUGCACGACACGGGCCUCGAUCUGUCUACCGUCGCUAUCGGGCUACUGACCUCCGACGAGACCGAGUUCGCAUCGUACGAGAGCGGGCUGGACGAGGAUAUAGAGGGCUUUGCUGCCGCGACUUUAGUCCUACAUCCGGGAUAUCAGGGUGGCAGACGCGCGGUGGGAUCCAAGCCCAAAGCGAAGCUCUCUGACGGCGGCGGCGAAGGCAACGCCGAGGGCGAGGGCGGAGCAGCCGAGGACGACGAACGCGGUCACCGACACGACAAUGAUAUCCAGCACGCGCGGCGCGUGGAGAUGGCCCGCCUACGCAACUACCUCAUGUUCACGGCCCUGCCCCUCGCGCCUACAGCGGCGAACCUGCUGUGGAUCGACGCAGAUGUCUACGCGCUCAGCGACAACCUGCUCAAAGACAUGCAGCGGCACAUGGAGGACGAGCGCGUCGGCGUCCUCACCGUCAUCAGCCGCAUGGGCGGUGGCGAGGGCGGCGACUACGACUUCAACGCCUGGCGCGGCGAGCGCAGCAGCCCGAACACCGAGCAGCGCGAGAAGCUAAGGGAGGCGCUCGGCAGCUGGGUCGCCGGCAGCGUGGACAAGAAGAGCGAGCACAUGGGCGACAUCAUCGGGCGGCUGGACCGUGAGGAGCGGCAGCGCAAGAUCGAUAGCGGCGAGCUCGUGGUGCAGGAAGAUGACAAGGAUGAGAAAGGCGUUUUUGACCCCGCCAAAGCGAGCUUUGAGGACUCGGAUCCGAAAGAGGAAGAAAAUAAGCGCGAGCCCGAAGUGCUGGAGAUUGAGGGCAUCUUUCGCCUCGAUGCCGUGGGCGCCACGGUGUUGAUGGUCAAGGCCGCGCUGGUGCGGCAGGGUCUGGCGUUCGCGACCACGUAUCUCGUCGGCACGGACUGGCAGAGUGAAGGAUGGGAUGGCGUCGAGAGCGAGGGUUUGUGCGUUGCGGCGCGGGGGCUGGGUGGGGAGUGCUGGGGCAUGCGCAAUGGGUUCUCGAGACAUAGUACGGGAUAA